GUUCCUUGGUCAUGAACUACCUCUUCCUAAUGCUCUGAAUCUUCUGCCGCCCACGUUCCAAAUACGUUCCAUUUGCCUUUUAUGUUGCAUCCGUUAUCGAUAUCGUUUCCAAGCAUUGCCUAGGAAUAACGAUAUACCACUCGUCUCCUAAACCAUCAUGUCUAAUGAACAACGUCCCACAUCAAAGCCUCGAGGAAUAUGCAAGUACUACACCACUCCUCGUGGCUGCUUUGGGGGCUCCAAAUGCAAGUUCUUGCACGGAGAGGAAGAUAAGCUUACACCGUAUGAUCAAAGAAAGACUUGCAAAUUCUAUGCAGCGGGAUACUGUCGGAGAGGCGGCGACUGCUGGUUCGUGCACAGCGACCCGGAUGCAUCGAAAUCUAGCGCGGAUGCAGUACAAAGUACGUCGAAAGUAGUGGAGGAGGAGGAUCGUCUGUGUUCCAUUUGCCUGGAGAAACCAAUUACAUACGGACUUCUUGUUGGUUGUGACCACAUCUUCUGUUUGGAGUGUAUUCGUCGCUGGAGGAAUUCUGAAGGGAAAUCAAGCGACGUCGUGAUCUCCAAAGUGAACAAGUCAUGUCCACUUUGCCGAGUCUCGUCGCAAUUCGUCACGCCAUCAAGCCACUUCUACCCGAGCACUCACCCUGGUAAAGCCUCCACGAUUGAACAGUAUAAGGCUAGUAUGGCGCGAGUGCCUUGCCGUUACUUCCAAGCGUCGUUGAAGACUGCAGACCGGUUCUGUCCUUUCGGCAAGGAUUGUUUCUAUCAACACAAGAAUGAAGAUGGGACGGAUUAUGUAUUCGAAGAGGGUGUUGAGCAUUACAUUAAGAUGCGUCCCAGACUUAGGGCGGGUGCAGCUCGUGGAGCGUUCAGCUUCACAGAGAACGAUAGUCUUUCGGAGAGUCCAUGGGUCGAGGAGCUUAGCGCCGCUUUAGAAGCCAUUCGUAUAAGUCUUCCCGCUUUCCUACAACAACCCGGGGACGAAGUGGAGGAGGAGGAUGAUGGUGGUGAUCCAAUGCUGGAUGAUCAAGCUCCACCUAGAGAAUUUUUGCAACAACUGACGAACGAGCCAUUGGAGCGCCUCCUCAUUGAAACCCUGGAGUUUCUUGGAAUAGAGGACCAUGCGCCAGAAACAAGGCCAGAAGCGCCUCUCUAUCGCUUUGGCACCAUCACACCUUCAUUCACCGCUCGCCCUCGCAUUGUCUAUUCAGAUCCUGGCUCGCCUGUACGCGCAUUCGACCUUAUCCCGGUCGGAGAAUAUGAUGAUUUUGAGUCGGUCACGCCUUUACCUCCUUCAAUCGACUCAGGGCAUCCUGCUGAGGAUAACCCUCGGUUUAGCACCAUCGUAACACAUCGGAGAUACGAUGCCGAAGUACCCACCACAACGUUGCCUGAAGGGGUAACCUCGUCAGUGGCUCUUAGUGAGCUUGAUGCUGGCCCCAACAACGCCCAUGAAUCUCUCCAUGAUACAUUAAUCGAGGAUUCGUCCUUGGCGCGUCCAGUAGAAACAGACGAACAGAGGCAGUUACCGUCAGGGUUACCUUCAGAACCUGCGGUGGACGAUUGGUCGAGCUCAGCCCAUCAACUACCCGAUCCCCCUUUGCUGACUGAUGGACGUGGAAGGGUGGUUUGGAGUAGCAUGUCGGCCUCUCGCAGUCGAAGAGGGAGGACCAGUACCUCGGCUUCUCAUCGUAAAUCCCAACGACGCGAGUUUCCCGGCGAUCGAGCUUUUUCGGACUCAACAUCGCAUUCCGCCGAUUCGAUAGCACCGUGCCCAUCGCCACCUGCGCCCUUGCUUUCUCUUGCUGAAGAACCUGAGACCAUGCAGCCAUCAUUUCCUGUGGAGGACAUGGUGACUGAUGGUCGUGGACGUGUGAUCUUUGCUGCAGGUGCUUCGCAAUCAUCCGACACAGGAAUGGCAGCUCCUGUCUAUCCAGACGCCUGAUACGCUUGGCGAUUCAUUCGAAUGGAGUGGCAGUGUGGGCGAUGCGAUCGUUGCUGCACCGUUGCUGUGUCAAUGUCUGUCAAUGUAUAAGCUCGUCCAUUGGAUUAGAUGAGGACAGGUGCAGUUGUGUCAUCAGGGUAACGUACUGGACGACUGAACAUCUGUUGGGCGAAGCUUAGAAUCAGUGCGAUGAUGUAUAUUACCUAUUGCAGAUUACAGUGGAAACUCUGGCGCUUUGCAGAAGACUGACGAUAAAAAUCUACCCGUCCAUGGCCACUUUACACCGAAUAUUGGAGGAAUCCAUGUCUCUGUGGAAUACUAACCGAGUCGGAGAAGGAAGAAUCUCCUGUUGGGGGCU